GCUGUCUGCUCAGUCAGUCCGGAUCGACAAAUACAAAGUUAGUUUAGUCGGUGUAACGCAUACACAGAGCAGCCAUUAUGGCGAACCCGAGGAAGUUUAGUGAAAAAAUCGCGUUGAUGAAUCAAAGGGAAGCCGAGCAGAAUGCAGCGUACCAACAGGUCAUGGCAUCCGUGACGCCCAUCACCAGGGCGACCAAUGAAGAAACAGACGCGCAACAGCAGCCAGUGUAUCGGGAGCGGGGCCGGAGUCCCGGGGUGGGCCCGAUGCGGAGGGACCGCCGCAUCGACACCUCCCCGUACAACAGCGGCUCGUCCUACCUUACGCCUCCAGACUCAAGUUGGAAGCACCGCAGUGACUCGGCACUGCACACGAGCUCCCUCAGCGCACAGAACAAUCCUGGCUCGCCAAGACGAUAUUUUUACAAUUCUUUUGCAGCUCUUAGUCCAAUGGGUGUAGUAAUCAAUGACCGUAGUUCCUUGGCUGUGAAUAACGACAUCAGAAUAAAUAGAUCAUCAAGUGAUGUGAGCAGAGUAACGCCAAGGAUUAGUAUUGACCCGACGCAGACAGAUCCCAAUGCAGUCUCAAUACCAAUAGCAAACGCCACUGGCUCGCUACCAGACCUGCACAAUUUCCAAUACUACCAGCCCACUGGCAUGACACCAAUCGACCCUGAGGACCCCAUUAGUUCUCCGUGCAGCACAAGUCCACAAGGCGCAACAAGCCCUUCCACCCUGUCGCCAACAAGCAUGCCGACCCGACCUGCCGGCCGCUUUUCGUUUGGCUCGCAAGGCUCGGGCGGCUCUCCGCAGGCCACCAGCCCAGGCCACUCGCCUGUUGCGAGGCGCAAGGUGCACCAACAGCAGCAACCACAGCAGCAGCAGCAACUCAUUUUGGGCGCCGCUGUGUACACAACGGAGGUCAAUGGUUCAUCAAUGAUGGACCCAUCAUCAAUUCACCAGCAGCACCAACAACAGCAACAACAGUCCAUGCUCUACCAGCAGCAGCAGCAACAACAGCAGCAGCAGCAGCAGCAAACAUUACAAAGACAAAUGUCGCCUCAGCCACCUCAUUCCCCGCAACAAGCACAGCAACCAAAACAAGAACCAAGUUCGCCUCUAGUCAAUAGCAACCACAACAUGCCAUCACCACAGUCACUGAGUGUGUACAGAGACCCAUUAAGACCAAGUCCUCAGCCUUCGCCAGUGCCCAUGUCGGGAUCUUACCUGAUGCCCGGAAGUCCGGACUACCGAAGCGCCAGUCCGGCUGACACCGCCAGUCACAGUGCGCCACAAAGCCCCAUAUCCCAGAACUUAUCGCCGGUCAGUUCGCCAGGCAUUGGCGGCGUCAUGCCCGACCACAACAAUUUCAACUACUGCAACAAUCUGCAGCAGGAGUUUUCACAAAUCUCAAUGACCGACUUUGCCACAAGUCCUCCGAACCAGGCCUACGUCUCUACCCAGUUUCAGGUAGGCAGAGAUUUGUAUGGCAGGCACAGGAUGGAUGACUUCAAUUGUGGUUGGCCCCAACAGGCGCUAGUGCAAAGUUGCACGGACGACUGUCGGACGGGCAGUCAGGACAUAGGCAGCGGCGACAUGGGCUACUGCAGCCGGACGUCGCCUAACUACAGCAACAUGAACUCAAACAGCGGCGGCAGCACCCAGCAGACCACCCCACAAACACCAACGCCCAACAUCACCAUAUCUGACUUCUCAGACGAGGGAUCGGCGGAGCCCGAGCUUAGCAGGGAUCUGACCGCCGCCAUGAUCACAGCGUCCUUUGACACGGAGGCGUUGACCGACGAGAUUCUUAGCACGAUCGAACCGAUUCCCUUCGACGACAUCCCCUUGUUGAACAACAACAUAGCGAUCACAGACGCUCUGACCGAGGACUCUUUACGCUUCAACAAUAUUUAAAAUUCACACAAAAGUUUUAGCUUUUUGACUUUUUCUCUCUCUCUAACUCUCUUUUUUCGGUUCGUUGGAAAAAAGAAGAAGAAGAAGUGCGGCGAAAAAAAAGAGACAUCAAGCUAAGAAUUGGGGGAAAUGCCAAAUAUCAGUACCUUUGUCAACAAACUGUUAACAUAAAAACAAAAUCGAGAGUUGAUGAGUCAGUCUGAAUGAUUUGGGUGGAUCGUUGAUUGAACAACUUUAACGUACCUGUGGUGAUCAAGCUGGACUUUUUUUGAAGAAAAUAAAUUGAAAAUGCGCGCGAAUAAUUAUGGAAAAUUCUCUCCUAAUAACGUGUGAAAGUGUGUCUUAUUAAGUAUAAAAAACAAAACAGAAGAGGAAGACGCGUUGGCCGUUUAAAGACUUUGGAUUAUCAAUUAAAUUAACUUUAAAUUUAUAUGAUAUAAAAGAUGUUCACUGCUUGUAAAUAUUGAUUAAUACCACUGCUACUGUGCAAAAAUAAUGUUGUUCAUUUUGUUUGUGAUUUGCGAACUCGUCUUGGGCCAUCCCCAGUGAGCUUCGUCCUUUGUAAAAUAUUUUGCUCUCAUCACACACAUUACACAUUUAAACAAACACAUACACUUUUAUCCGCGCAUACAAUGUAGCAAAUAAUUUUUUUUAAACAAACUUUCUCCUUCCCUUAUGUUUCUUGAUUUGUGCUCAAAGUUUUUGUUUUUAAUUUGUAAUUAAACAUAGAGACGCAGUGUUCGCACGCGAGCAAUGAGAGUGGCGAGCGAAUGUGCUUCUGACGUAGGCGCGAUAAUGGAACGACGCCAGCUCGUUCGGGGGGCAAUCAUGAGGUCCAAACCUCUCCUGACACUGCAUUUAUUAAAACUUAAAUACUUCAAUUAUAACUCUCAGCAAGUAAAUGUUCCUUUCAUUCAGUAAUGGAUUUUUUGUAUAACAAUUUAAAAAGACCAAGAAAGAACCUGCAAAAAUUGUUUAAUUUAUUUAUAUAUCAGCAAAAAGAAGAUACAUAGUUUCUUUUUACAAUUUUUUUCCUGCAAUAGGACAAAUUCUGUAAUUCAGUCGCACUACUAUGAACUAUCUCUGUGGCAGUCAACUGAUUUUUAAAUAAAAUUUAACAAAUUUUCAAGGGUUAUAAUGGUCUCAAAACUCAACAACCCUGCCGUUGAUUGAUCCACAUAUUUAUAAAAAAAUUUUAUGAAUUGGUGCCAAAAAGAUUGACAUUUAAAAAAUUGCGUGUAAUUUUAAGAAAAUUUAAUAAUCUAGAACAAACAAAAAUUGAGUGGUUUUGGACAAUUGCGACCUUUUCGCCGCACUGCACACUUAGAAAUCGAUUUCCUUAAUCAAUUUAGUGCAUGAGACUGAAGCAAAAAAUAAGAUUUUCUUUGCCCUCCACUCGUGUCUGACAAAUGCUUAUGCCGCGGACGAAAGGAAAGCAAACAACAAUUUUUAAUGUACUUUUUGAUCUUCAAAUUGCAAUAUUUGACAAUUUAUCCAGACCACACACUUUAACAUGCAUUAUCUAAAACAUUAUUUCCGCGAAACAUCAAAUUUUGGGACGCAAAAUUCCAUACACAUACACUUAAUAUCAAUGAAUGUUUGCAUUACCAAAAAAUCAAGAAGCUUUCAAGCGUACCACACUAAAAAUAUGAAAAAAUCACAUUUACUACGAGUAAUUAAAAUAGACAAGAGCAAAAAUAUGAGAGGAAUAAAUUAUAUAUGCAGUGAGUGGUUUUUGAAAGAUACUACGCCGCAAUAGAACUGUAAGAUUUCUGAAAUGCUAACGCACAAAUCCAAAGAGAUCGUUUCUUAAGAAGAACGUAUAAAAAAUAUCGUGGAAAAUUAUAAGCAGAGAGAUAGUUUUAUUAUCGCAGAAAGAAUUUAUGAGAAAAUCAACACGGUUUGAUAGAAGAAAAAUAUGUAACAUUUAAGGAAGUAUGUAAAAAUUAUUAGAGCUUUCUUAGAGUCAUUUAUUAAUUCACCGAAGAAGGAAAAUAAAAUACCUAUCGCCAUUGUGAGCCACGAGAAAAAUAUUAUUACCAAGCUGUAAGAGAGCAAUUCCUAGUUGAAGUAAAAAGAUGAUUAUCAGAAAACCUUAUUAAACCAUAUUAGAGUCGAAUUUAUACAUGUUGUAAGAACAAUCCCAUAUUCUAUGAAAAAAAUACAAGAAACAAGUCCUAUACAAUUCCCACACGAUGAAUUAUUGACAAUGAGAGUCGGAUGGCCAAAAAUACACGCAUACUUCACAUGAACACACAAAGUCAGUCUUUGUAAAAGGCUUUUACUCGAGUACUUAUUAAUUAAUUAUGUAUAUCACCACAAAGAAUAGUGAGGUUGAAAGAAAGAACGAAAAUUUAAUUGCAUUGAGAUAAUAACUACCAUAUAUUGCAAACUACAGUACAUUAAAACAAGCCAGUUGUUUCUGUUUUCCAACUGAUUAAGUUAAGGGCCAAGUUUAUAUUCGAGUGCCUGUAGAUCAGGUAAAAAUUUUAGACGCCAAUUUCAAAUUAACAUGUAAUAAUAUCCAACCCAGUUUGUAUAUCUCAGUUAAAAUUCAAAGCGCUCAAAGAUAGACAAAGUGUCAAAAUUUGGGUUAAAUUUUUUGCUCAUUUAUUAGUCACUCUUUAUCACAUUUUGACUCUUGCCUUAAAACUUUUUUUUAACUAACAAAUUUCAAAUUUUGAAUUAUAUUGGCAUUCCGUAACCCCCGGAUGGUCAUUUUUUUUUCUUAUCAACGCAUUCAAAAUGUAUUGAAAAGGAUUAUUUUCUAACAACUUUUGAAGAUCUCAUGAGUGUCAAGUAAGGACGAGUUAAUUUUCUUCUUGUUUGAUGAGAAUGACGAUGAUUUGUACAAAGUAGGAAAAACAUAACGUGAGAAACCAAGCGUGUUUUUCUGCCGUGGAAGAAGCCGUUGAAAAUCAAACUGUUGUGAGUUAUUAUAUAUUAAAUAUUAUUGAAUAAUUAAAUAUCAUUGAGGAAAAAAGUAAGCAAAUUGUCAAUGGUUUAUUUAUGUAUUUCACUUUUACGUUUCUAUUUUUAAGCCUAUUUGUUGAUAAAAAAAAAUAAAACUCGGAAAAAUAUUAUAAGUGGAUUUUAUGUUUUAAAAAGAAAUGUGAAUUGCGCGUUCCGCAAAGGAGCGAAGUAAAAUAAUAAGUGCCCUCUGUACGUGUGACUUUUCUUGGUUGUAGUCUCUUGCCCAACACACUUGUUUCGAAAUGUGAUUUUUCGUCUCGAUGGAUGGCUAACCAAUCUUCAAACUCUUGUACGUUCGUUUCUUAUGGUCCGAACAUAAUUAUGCGUUUCUCGGUUGUAGUGCAAUUUGAAUGUGUAUUUUAUCAAUGGACAACAAGAACAACAACAAAAAUGUACAGAAUAAAAAAGGAAAUAUCUCUGCCUAUGUGAAACUCACAUGUAUUUAUCAAUUAUUAAAAAAACUUGCACAUAAACAAGCGAGAUUGAUGCUUGCAAAGCGACACACGAUUUUUUGAUACAACUGCUGGGAGUUGCUGACGAACUCUCAGAUCUUAGAAGCAAAACGGAAAAAAAAUACAAAAAGAGAGACGUGCACGCAACACUUGAUUUUAGUAUCUCUAUAGGUCAACGUGCAGGUUUAAAAAUGAAGCGCACGCAAACAUGAUUUUUUAAGACUAUAGUUCAGCAAAGAAAUGUUAUUUGAUAAAGAUGAAAAAGAACGCGUUUUUCUUAAUAGUUGGAUAAUAUCAAUAAGUAUAAAGAAAAGUUGAAAUACAUAAAUGUUCUUUAUUUGUAACUGUUGAUUGAUACGAGUCAGGGGAAAAUUGGAAUUUAAUACAGACGAUUUUAUUACACGUGGUUUGCAUGUACGUUCUUCUAUGAUUGAAUAAUUAUUAUUAAAAAAAGAAUAACAUUUGGAUAUUUUAAGAGCUGCUGAGAGACGAUUGUUAUGAUUGGUUGCUUCAGAUCGAGCAAAUGUUGAUUAAUGGGUGACGAGUUUCUGAGAAAUAAAAUGUGUACUCAUUA